UUUAUGUUGCAGGAAAAUGGCCAGGAAAGGUGGUAGGGUUUUAUUGGGUUUCGAAGAUGAGAUAAUCACAGAAAAACACAAGUCUUUUGUUAAUUUUACAACAAAUAAAAUCGGUGGUAAACCGGAUUGGCCAUGCGAUGGAAUUCCGACUCCGUCGUGUCAGUUGUGCGGUCUCGUACUUCCACUGAUCGUACAGAUUUAUGCUCCCCUCGAAAAUUCUCCGUACCACAGAACUUUAUAUAUUUUUGGUUGCAUAAAUCCAAACUGCUGGAAUCAAAGCGAAAGCUGGAUCUGUGUGCGUAGCCAAACAGUUGAUACUGCUUCUGAUCCUGGUGUUGCCUCACCAGCAGUCACUGUCAAUACUGGAACUACUACUGACUGGUGCCAAGAGGCUGAUGAUUGGGAUGAUGACAACAACGUUAACAACAAUGAAGAAAAUGGUAAUGUAAUAGCUUGCAUAAAAAAUGUGGAGAGCUGUGAACAUGUGUCAGAUGAUGAUAAUGAAAUGGAAGAUAAUCAGUGUGACCUGAGAAUGCAGCUUGGGAAUCUGAACCUCGAUGAAAGGAAUGCCAAUUGUGGAGAAAUGAAGGGCGGAGCAGGAAUUCAGGAAGGAGGAGCUGUUGGAUGUCUCAUUUCUCCAGCAGCUACAGCAGAGAUAGAAGGAGAUGAAGGUGAAGUGGUCAGCAUCGAUACACCAACAGCCCCUCAACAUGACCUUAUAGCAUUGCUUCAAGAAACAGCACCUUUGCCAGCAGUUCUCAGAAACUCAAGUGAAGCAAGUGGACAACGAAUGCCAUCAUCCUGUUCACUUGAAUUUGCUCCCUACUUCAUAAGUGUUGAUGAGGAGAAUUUGGGUGGUUCGCCAUCAAUUACUCCUCUUUCAGAACAUGUCCGAGAAUUGUUGCAAGAGUAUCAGCAAAAUAGUGAGGAAGGUUCAUUUAGUCCAGAGCAAGAAAAAAUGGUUUCCAUGGGUCAAGGUGACCAGUUAACACAAGAAAAAUAUGAAAAAAGUAUUCCAGCCCAUGGCGAUAAAAUGUUCCAUCAGUUCCUGCUUCGCAUACAGCGUAAUCCGGGUCAGAUUAUAAGGUAUUGCCGAGAAGGUGGUGGGCCAUUAUUGCUGCAGCCAGUGAAUGAAUCACCAGCAAGGUGUUCACAUUGUCUUGGUGAUAUGAUGUUUGAGUUGCAGCUGCUACCUACACUGAUUCCUCGACUACGUUUAACAGCAGCUUGUUCAGGAGAGGGUGUGUCUUCAAGUUCCCAUGUAGAAUAUGGAACUGUGCUUAUAUUUACGUGUCGUCGCAGUUGCUGGUCUGCUGGAGACUCAUUCCGUAAUGAGCGCAUCAUUGUUCAGUCUGAAAAUGUCAUUUAGGAAAACAGAUUUAGCACUGUAUAGUUUUGGCAGGCAUUCUUUUGUCUUUACACUUUGAGAGGUGAGGAACACCUUUGCCAGACAGUGUUUUCCAGUCCUUCUCAAUGAACCUAGUCUACAUAAUAACUCUUUAUCCAUUAUUUGUCAUUGGGUGUAAUCUGUUGCCAUAUGAAGCUGACUUUACUCUUUCUUUUUUUCCUAGAUAAGUGAUAUCAUGAUUUUUAAUGUCCAGUAAAGUUUUCAGAAACAGUGGCUCAUAUACUCUCUGAAGAUGCAGCUGGGAGAGUAGGGGCAAAGUGGAGCAUGUCAGUGCAAGAGCCUGAUGUUGAGGUCUCAGACUGGAAGGUAGAAACAGAGAUAAUACAGACACAAAUAUUGGUAAAUAGUAUGUGCUACUACCUUUCAAUAGUUGGAUGGGGUGGUUAAAAGUGUAUAUUUCUGGAUGUGACUGUUUUAUCAUAUCCAUAUACUGUAUUUGUUUUAAAGGAUCUGUCAGCACACAAAUUUUUACCUGUGCUCUGGUUUUUUCAAUCCAAGUGAACUCUAAAUCUAGCACACUUCAGCCUUUUGAUUAGCUUGUUCACUC